AUGCAUUUCUCUUCCAUUGUCGCCCAAAGCCUGUUGGCCACUGGCGUCACUGCGGCUAGAAGCAAGAAGGUCCGUCGCGACAUUGAGCCUGAAGGCCCCACUGACCCAGGCAUCACAUCGAAAUGCACAUAUUAUGAUACAUGGCUCGAUAAUAACAUUGAUUGUCGUUUGUGGCUCUCGGAUUGGAAUAUUAAGCCGCAGCAGUUCUCGGAAUAUAACCCUGUUAUCGGUGAUGGCUGCUCUGGCAUUCAGUUUGGCCACUCUUACUGUGUUGAGAUAAACCAUGGCAUGCCUGAAAAGCCAGACGAGCCCGAAGAGCCUGAAGAGCCUGAAGAGCCCGAGCAGACCGCGGACCUGUAUAGCCCUAUGGAAGACAGGCUGAUCGAGAGCUGUGUAGCUUCUCAUAAAGCGGCCAAGGACGAUAUAGGUAUCAAGAUUGUCUUUAACUUCGGAAUAUUCAACUUUAAUAUCUUCUUCAAGUAA